UCAUCUACGAAACACACGAGUCAUGAUCAACUCUUCUCUGUUUUUAAAUUUUCUUUUCGUAUUAUCCCAUUCUUCUCACUCCUUUCUUGCCGAUUAAUCACUCAAAUACUGAAUUUCCCAACCCCCUUUUAUGAUCUUCUCUUUGGCCACCAAUCGAUCAUAGCGUGAAAUUUUCUAAUUUCUUCCAUGGCCAGAAGUUCGUUCAAACUUGGAAUUCCUCUGGAAAAGAGGCAGGCUGAAGCUGCUCGUAUAAGAGAGAAGUACCCGGAUAGAAUACCUGUGAUUGUCGAGAAAGCUGGGAGGAGUGACAUUGCUGACAUUGAUAGGAACAAAUACCUCGUCCCUACGGAUUUAACUGUUGGACAGUUUGUUUACGUUGUUCGGAAACGGAUUAAGCUUAGUGCUGAGAAAGCUAUAUUUGUUUUUGUGAAGGACACUCUACCAUCAACUGGUGCAUUGAUGUCUGCAAUUUAUGCGGAUAAUAAGGACGAAGAUGGUUUUCUUUACAUGUCAUACAGUGGAGAAAACACUUUUGGUGGGUUCCUUGGAGGACAAUGACACAUUUGCCUGUAAAUUCUAGUUAUGCUCUUCCGGAUCAAUCAAAGCAUCAACUUUAUAUUUCAUUCUAUUCUAGUAUAUUUAACUUUCUAUCAAAGGUGGUGCUCAAGGAGUGGCCUUGAAUGUUUUCGUUUUUUUUUUUUCCUUCUCUCAAUUGAGCUGUGAUGGAAUAGCUAUUCGCAUCUUUUUAGUUGUUUAUAUCAAGCAGUGAAAUGAUUAAAAUUUCUGAUCA